AAUACUAAUGUUAGUGAAUCUGUCAGCUAUGUGUGUGCGAGGCGGAGCGGCGCGGCGUGCGGACUAGCAUGCACCGCUCCGCCUGCUCCUCAGCUGUCACGAACAGAUCCGGGAACAUUUCUCUCACAUCUAGGAAGACGAUUUCUAUUGUUUUCAGAAUUAAUCCGUCCGCGGUAGCUCAGACCACCUGUUCUAUAAUAACAUUAAUAGCCGCCGCGACAGUACAGACACGACAGUCGCCGCGGCGUGUCUAACGCGGCCCGCCAUUGUCUCCGUUCUCAAAUAAUUCGUGGAUAUUGCACCCUGAUUAGCAAUUACAAUGACCGAUCAACAUGAUUCACUCAACGACCAGCGUGUGGACGCAGGAUAUACAAGUUACGGCAUGAGGGACAACGUCAAACCGUCCUGCUGGGGUCAGCGGACGAAGAUUGAGAAGAGGCUGAUAUUGGCGGUCGGCGUGGUCUCAGUGCUGGCCAUCGCCUUCCUUGCCGCCUUCAUCGCGUCCCUCUUGGUGCGAUCAGCUGACAUCAAUGACAUACCACAGACUAGUGAACUGAAAAUUUCUUCGUCCAUGCCACCGGCUGUAGUCGCUAAAGGCGAUGUGGAGCUGUGCAACUCACCCGGAUGCAUCCACACAGCAUCCAAGCUCCUUUUGAACAUGGAUGAAAAGGUGGACCCUUGCGAUGACUUCUACGACUUCGCUUGCGGCUCUUUUGUGAAGAACACUCGGAUUCCUGAUGACAAGACUUCGGUCAACACGUUCUCGAUCAUCACCGAUCAGCUGCAGGAACAGAUCCGAGCGUUACUGGAUGAGCCAAUCAUUGAGAAUGAACCACGACCAUUCGUUCUUGCCAAGACCCUCUACCAGGCGUGCAUGAACCGAACUGCUAUCGAGUCUCGUGGCGUGCAACCUCUGCUGGACAUGCUGAAGCGGCUCGGCGGCUGGCCAGUCCUCGACGGCAACAACUGGGACGAGAACUCGUUCUCAUGGCAACAGUCCGUCUACAAGUUCAGAGCCGCCGGAUACUCCGUCGACUACUUCCUCGAUUUCUCCAUCAGCGUCGACGUCAAGAACUCCACUAAGCGCAUCAUCGAUCUGGACCAGGCGUCUUUAGGUUUGAGCCGGGAGUACCUGAACCGAGGAUUUAGUGAUAAGCUAGUGCAGUCUUACUAUGAGUACAUGGUGGACAUCGCUACGUUACUGGGAGCAGACCGCGCCCGCGCUGAGGUCGAACUGAAGGACUCGCUUCAGUUUGAAAUGAAACUUGCCAACAUAUCCUUGCCUCUUGAGAAACGUCGUAACGCUACCAGCCUCUACAACCCGAUGACCAUCGCUGAACUCAACCAGAAGUUCCCCAAGAUCCCGUGGCUAGAGUACAUCAACCGUCUGUUGGCGCCUCACGUUAACGUUGACCUUAACGAAGUUGCCAUCGUCAGCGUGCCCAAAUACAUUUCUGACCUCGAGGUUCUUUUGGAAAACACACCGAAGCGCGUGCAAGCUAACUAUGUGAUGUGGCGUGUGGCUGGUGCUUCCGUGACCUACCUGACUGACAACUUGCGUCGACGACAGCUGUCCUACGUGACCGCCCUCACCGGCAAGACCGAGCGCGAGAGCAGAUGGAAGGAGUGCGCGGAAACCACUAGCGUUAGUAUGGCGAUCGCUGUAGGCGCCCUCUACAUCAGGAAAUACUUCAACGAAAACUCAAAAGCCAAUGCCUUGGAAAUGGUGAACGAUAUCAGACAACAGUUCCGCAUGACCCUGACUGAAGUAGACUGGAUGGAUGAGAUGACCCGUAAGGCUGCGCUGGAGAAGGCUGACUCAAUGGCUUCGCACAUCGCCUACCCCAGCGAGAUGUUGGACGACGAAAAGCUAACUAACUUCUAUGCUGGCCUCGAAAUGUCUUCUGACAAAUUAAUGGAAUCGGUGUUAAACUUGACUCUGUUUGGUACUGAGUACUUGUUCGGCAAACUUCGUGAGCCCGUCAACAAGACCGAUUGGGUCACUCACGGCCGUCCCGCCAUCGUCAACGCGUUCUACUCUUCUAUUGAAAACAGCAUUCAGUUCCCCGCGGGUAUCCUACAAGGCGCCUUCUUCUCCGCCGUGCGACCAGCUUAUAUGAACUACGGCGCUAUUGGCUUCGUCAUUGGACACGAAAUCACCCACGGUUUUGAUGACCAGGGUCGUCAAUUCGACAGGAACGGUAACUUGGUCGACUGGUGGCAAGAGAUGACCAAACAGAAGUACCUCGAGAAAGCCAAAUGUAUUAUUGAUCAGUAUUCCAACUACACUGUUAAGGAAGUGUCACUGAAGUUGAACGGAGUGAACACUCAGGGUGAGAAUAUUGCUGAUAACGGCGGUAUUAAGGAAGCUUACUACGCGUACCAGGCAUGGACACAGCGACACGGCACUGAGGCACGUCUGCCCGGACUCGAGAAAUACUCGCCUAAACAGUUGUUUUGGCUGAGCGCCGCCAACACAUGGUGCGCUGUAUACCGGAAUGAAGCGAUCAAGUUACGCAUCACGACAGGUUUCCACGCGCCUGGCCGAUUCCGCGUCGUCGGGCCCAUGUCGAACAUGGAAGAGUUCGCCGAAGACUUCAAGUGCCCGGCCGGAUCGCCCAUGAACCCUCUCAACAAAUGCAAAGUGUGGUAGUCACCCAGUACAACCGCUCUCCCCCCAGCCAACCAUGUACUCACGUGCAUCGGAGACAAACCAAAUUCACAUGAUGAGCUACUCUGUCUCGAUCGAUAUAUAUUUAACAAAAUUGUUAAAAUUCUGUACUUACCUAGUGACAUUCAAUGACGUACCUACAUGCGAAUUAUUAGACGUACUUGGUCACUAUUUAUCUAAACAAUUUGAUUGUAUAUUUGUAUACUAACACCAGUAGAUCGACAGUGGUAGGUUGACCCUCGGCUAGCGCACUGUGUUAAGUUAAAUGUUUAGAUGUCACCGGGAAUUUCGAUGUUGUUAUACUUGUAAAUAGAUUAGCUGAAUUGUGUUUAUAGAUAGUUUUAUAUUCAUCUUUAUCAUGCUAUGAAUCACUUAGGAUUGUUUUUUUGGGUGAGAUUUUAGACUGAGCACAGAACAUUAGUAUUCGAUGGACACGUGUACAAGUGCUUUUAUAUCUUGUACUCUGGACCCAGAUGACUUGUGUCCGUUCCUGACGAUUGAGCAAUUCAUAUGUUUGAAAGACUAACUAAAUAGUUCAUCCGAUAAAGUAUAGUGUAACUGGUAAUCGUCAGGUACGGACUCAUAGGUAAACUUUCAUUAUUUUUGUGUUAAAUAAAGCCUGCAUGUACUAUAAGAGUUGAAUUGUUACAAUUUAGACUUUCAUAUUUAUUCAGAGCCACAUUUACAGGCCUACGGACAGAAGACAAUCGAUUUUGCUAUAGAGGGCUAACAACUUAUUUGAAAUUGUUCCGUUUGGGGAUUUUUGAAGGUUGGACAUCUGCAAAAAAAUAAAUAAUAAAAAACAAUUUAAAAUACGUUUGUAGCUUCUCAAAUCCUAUAACCAAACAAUUGAAUUGUUUCUGUAGUACUGUAACUGUGGAGACUAGUGACUAGCGUAUUAAUUAUUGUAAAAUAUUAAUUAAUAUAAUAUUUAAUGAAAAAUAAAAAUAUUAAUUAAUGUACUAUUAUUUUAUCGGUCGACACGACAUAGUGUUUUGAAUUGAUGAUGAUAAUUUAAUUUAAACUUAAGUACCUAGUAAGUAGCCUUUUUGGAUACAAUCGUAUUGUUGUAAAUCAUUAAAACACCAAUAUAAGAUCAUUUUUAUCAAGAA